AUGUGGCCGCGUUCCGGUGGGCAGGACAGGAGUCACGGGCAGUUUGUGAGCGAGAGCAUCACCCACGUGCAGCUGCUGUAUCUGGAGCUCACGGUUUACGGGGGACCCUCCUGGUUCACAGGGGACCUUCCUGACGGCCGGGUGUCUCUGGUGGUGGCAGAACCCAGUGGCCAUGGUGACCUGCUGGUAGGGGAAGCCGUCCGGGACAGCUUGCCUGGGAAGCACCCCAAAGAUGAGGCUCAACUGGAGAUCGGAGCCCCUAAAGCCAGAUCAGAUACUAAAGGGGAAAAUGACCCCAAAGACUCAUCCCUGACGCAGCCGCUGGCUGAAACGGGGCGGGUCAUGUCGGGAGGGGAUGUGGCGGACACCGGCACAGGGCUGGUGGAGCCAAAGGCUGAUGCCCUGGCCCGGGAGUGCUCGCCCAGCUGGGGCCAGCUCGGGAAAGGGGAAACGCCUUCGCUGGGGAGAAAAACAGAGGAAACCACAGAGGAGACCCCGGUGCCCCAAGCAUCCUACCAGUUCGACCCCGAGCAGUACGAUGAGCGUGUGAACCCCUUUGUGGCAGGGGGCUGCCGGCUGCAGAGCUCCCCCCCGUCAGCCCCGCGCCGCCUUCCCCAUCCCGACGGCAUCCCUGCUGAGCUGGGGGGGGACCCAUCCCUGGAGCCCAAAGGGCAGGUCCCGAAACCCGAGGUCGAUUUUACAGAGGGGGGAGAGAGCACGGAGGCCAGGAGAGCUACACCCAGGAAGGGCAGCAGGAUCCCGGCCAGCAAGCUGACACCGAAGAGGCACCGAGAGUCCCCCAAGAAACCAGCUGAGGAUGUGGAGAGGGGUGCUGCGGAGCCACCGCCUUCCCGGGGCUCCCCCCGGCUGGGUCCCGCGCUCUGGGACAGCCCGGGUCUCAACCCCUUCGGUGGCAGCUCAGCCCUGCAAAACUCGCCGACUCUCCCCAAGGGCUCUUACCAGUUUGACCCCAACAACUUUGACUCCAUGGAUCCGUUUAAGCCCACCAAGACCCUCGCCAGCACUGCCGCUGACUCCUGCCCCACUGCCGAUAACAGCCUCAAUGAAAUCCUGGAGUCUCAGACGCUGGAGGUGCAGGAAGAUCUCGUGAAAGGCAGAGACUCCCCGAAGAAGCCCAAGUCGCGCCUGAUAACGUGA